CUCUUAAGUGAUGUGAAGAUUUGGUUUAGUUGUUUAGUAAUUCACACUGCAUGGAUACAUGAUGCCCAAUACCUCAAAAAUGUUACAAAUAAGCCCUGGUGUAAAACUGGCAAGGUAGGCUACUUAUUAAUUUUUUCUUUUAGGCUUCCAGUUAUAUUUAGAGAUAUGUCAUUUUUAAUCAGCUAUGGUCUUUGAUAAAUAGGACUUCUCAGCAGUUCCAUCUAGUAUGCAAAGCUGAUUAGUUCCUAUUCAUCAUUUGGAGCAAUUUUCCAACCACAUGAAGUGUUUUGUAACAAACACUUAGACGUAUGACUUGCUAUAAUUUGCUAUAUGAUUAUGACACUUUGCUUCUUUUAAUGUUAUUGAAGGAUCCAUAGAACUUCCUUUCCCUUUUCUUGGGUUAGGUAAGUUCAUUAAAACUUCAUUAUUAUACAUUUAACUUGGACUCAUCAGUAAGUUGACUUGGAUUAUUAUUCAUACUAAUUCAAGUCCAUGGUGCCCUUACUUGCCUCAUGCCUAGUGUUCAUGUCCAGAUGCUCUGCAGCUCUGAUCAGAAUAAACUUAUUGAAGAUGAAUGAAUGAAUAACUUCAAGAAAUCACCAAAUGCCUACUGUAGAUUUCAAAUAACAAAAUACAUUAUGUUUUUUGGGAGCAUUUAUUAAUUUGGCUGGUACGUUUAUCCAAAGCAAACUACAAAUCAGACAGAAUACAAAUGAGUAGUUGAUGGUGAACAUUAAGAAUAAAACAAGACCAGAUGUGCUGUUAAUGAAAAAGAAUCAAUAACAACAUGAAGUAUUAACUGGGGUGGUACCACCCCAAAGUUUAUUAUUUUCCAGUAACAGCAUGUCCUGAAGUGAUGUAUAUUUUAUAUACAACAACAAUUUGCCAACAAUUCAAAUUUUUCAUUCAUUCAUUAACAGUGUACCAUGCUUCUUUUUUUUUUAUCUGUUCAGAGUUACAUUUAAUUUGUAUGGGUUUUUUUUUUCUAACUUUAAUACAGUACGUGUGAAAAUAACUGCACAUACUGAAUGACAAAUAUUUUGCAAUCUUAGAUCCUUCAAUCUUUAACGACAAACUGACAACUGGAGGAAAAGCUAUAGGAGUAGCAUGGUCCAUAUUGACCCUGUUUGUUUCCUGCCUUUUUAUUUGAACUUACUAGUUUGUCAUAAAGGGUGGAGCAAGUGGUUGGUGUUUCUAAAUGAUUACUGUUAAUGACGAAGCACACUUCUAAAGGAUUAGCUGGUCAUUUCUGGAGAAGGAUCUGCAUCCGUGGGACAAGAGGUUGCAAGAUGACUGUAACACAAAAAUGCAGAGCAAUAGAACUUGCUCUGGUGGCUAUGAAAAUCAUUUAAAGACCAGCAAAUCAAGAUAAUCUUUCAGGAAAUCAUCAUGAUGAACGUUACGACGGCCAUGUUUUCGCUGUCCUGUUCAACAAAUGUGACGGCAACACCUCUUGGAGGUUAUAUCAUCACCUGGAAGAUGGCUAUGGUCACUCUUAUUACAGUCCCGCUCUCGGCCAUCACCAUCAUUGGCAACAUCUUGGUUAUUGUUGCCUUCCAGGUCAAUCCUCUCCUCAGGACAGUCAGUAACUACUUCCUGUUGAGCUUGGCUGUGGCAGACCUUAUCCUGGGUACCAUCUCAAUGAACCUAUACACCACUUACAUUGUGAUGGGACGCUGGACAUUAGGCAGUCUGGCCUGUGAUGUGUGGCUGGCUGUGGAUUAUGUAGCAAGCAAUGCUUCAGUCAUGAACCUGCUAGUCAUUAGCUUUGACCGUUACUUAUCCAUCACGCGACCUCUGACUUACCGGGUCAGCCGCACAAACAGAAGGGCAGCACUGUUUAUUGCUCUGGCAUGGGGUAUAUCUUUCCUGCUUUGGGCACCAGCCAUAUUGUUCUGGCAGCACAUAGUAGGUGAAAGGACAGUGCCUGAGGAUCAGUGUGCAAUCCAGUUCCUGUCUGAGCCUGUGAUUACAUUUGGGACAGCCAUUGCCGCUUUCUACUUGCCUGUCAGUGUGAUGGUGGGUCUGUACUGGCGAGUGUACCAAGAGACAGAGAGACGUUCGCGGCAACUGGCUGGGUUAAUAGCGUCCCGUGGGGGUGACUCAAACAAGUCAUCACAGUCCCAGUCCAGUAACAGCUAUGCAAGCGACCUCGAAGAAACGAGGGUUCAGGUAACCAUCCAGCCAGAGCCAGAAGAGAGCAUUAGAACCCUGAGUCCCUCCCUCACCCAGUGCACAGCAGCAUGGUGGAAGAAGAGUAGGAUACAGUACACUGGAGCUCCAUCACACACUGUAAACAGCCCCACACAAACUGGCAUAGACUGUAUCCUCAACAGUGAUGAUGGGCAGAAAAAUGCUACAUAUAUUCCUCUUGCUCAGAUUACUAAGAGGAUGGACUUACUGAAUGAUUCUGAUGUUGAUUCUGAUGGUAUCCAAUUGGCAAACUGCCAAUCAGACAGUCAACAGUCCCUCAGACAAUGUCCCACUACAACUACAGGAGCGUCACCUCUUUCACAGACAGUGACACAGAAAAUUCGUAAGCCACGUAGCUGGUCGCUGAUCAGAGAGAAGAAAGCUGCACGGACCCUGUGUGCCAUCCUACUGGCCUUCAUCGUGACAUGGACACCCUACAACAUCAUGGUGCUGGUGUCUACAUUCUGUGAGCACUGUGUUCCUGAGAGGCUCUGGCAGUUGGGGUACUGGCUUUGCUACGUCAACAGCACAGUGAACCCAGUUUGCUAUGCAUUCUGCAACAAGCACUUUCAAAUCACCUUCAAGGCUCUGUUAUUCUGCAGGUGGAGGGAGCAGAGGAAGGGGAAAAGAUGGACUUUUUCACAGGACAGUUAGUCAACUCACUGGAGACUGUGGGUUCCUCUCAUUUUUUAAUUGCACUUCCUUGUUUUCUUUCUUUGCAUCCUCAGAGAGGGGAGCUAAUAAGAUACAAGCACAAGGGAAUUUAGCAAAUGAGACAUCCUUGCUCUUUGAAGUGCAGUUUUUGAGGCUUGUUGCACAACUGCAUGGACUAUCACUCAACAUUACACACGUCUUACACACAGUGUAAUUAAUUUACCAUCAGUCAAAACAUUAUUUCAUGUGUACAUUGCCUUCUUAAACAUUGAUGUUUAAGCCUACAAAAUUGUAUACCAUUAACUUACCUAUGGGCAUAUCAUAAGGACAUGUACAUUUAACCCAUCAUUUUUUAUUUAUUAUUAUUUUCCUAUCUGUUUUUGGGGAGGUGCACAAUGUUUUACCAUCAUGAGCUACAAAAAAAGACUUACUGUGUAUAUGAGGUGAGUGAUAUCCCUACUUCCAAAUUCCUCUGAACAAAUGUAAAGAAUUUAUAUGUUCAUGAUAAUGAUGAUGGAUCAGUGUCCAGGGCUGAAGAAUGUAGAACUGAGUAUUAAAAAGAACAAUUUUUUAUAAAAUUGUCAAGAUUUUUGUUGCUUGCAUAAAGGUGUGGAUUUCUUG